AUGGCUGGCUACUAUAGAAAAUUUUUGAACAAUUUUGCAGAAAUAGCCGAUCUUCUAUAUAAAAUCGUCAACAAAGAAAAAUGGGCUUGGAACUUAGACUCUAAAAAUUUUAAUAAUCUUAAGAAGUUGAUUAGUCUUCCUCCUGCUUUGACAUAUUUUAAUCCUGAAUUACCUAUAGGGAUAGCCACUGACGCAUUUAAAUGUGGUUUAGGAGCUGUACUAUUUAAUACUGAAAAUGAUGAAGAAAAACCUAUAGCGUUCGCGUCGAGAACUUUAUUAAAAUCUGAAAUGAACUAUACCAAUAUUGAGCGUGAGGCUCUCGCUAUUAUGUUCGCUAUAAAGAGGUUCCAGGAAUACUUAAUCGGCACAAAAUUUACAAUUAUUACUGACUAUAAACCUCUAGUUCACAUCUCUACCAAGGGUCUUAAGGACAAUAGUACCACCAUGUCCUUAAGACUCCAGAAGUGGAAUAUAACAUUAGGAGGAUAUGAUUUUAAUAUAAAGUAUAAAGCCGGUAAAUAUAAUGUUGUUCCUGAUUGUCUCUCAAGAUUACCACAAGAAUGUCAUGAUGAAGCUGUUGAAAAUAUCACUAUAAUAAAUGACUAUGGAGAUUUACCUAUUAAUUUUAAUCAAAUUCGUGAUGAAACUUUGAAAGAUAUUGAAUUAAAACAAUCAUUACAAGAAGGUCACUUGGGAGCAGGAAAAAUCAAAUCCUUAGCCAAAGAUUACAUGUGGUGGUCUGGUAUAAAUAAUGACAUAGAAAUGGAUGUGAAAUGUUGUGACGAUUGUAAUGUAUAUCAUGACAAUCCUAAAAAGAUACAAAAACCAUGGGUUUCGGCAACCAAACCAUUUGAAAGGAUACACAUAGAUUAUGCGGUUACUGAUAACGGCACUAACUUUACUAGUAACGAUUUUGAAAAAUUUGCAACAAUUAUGGUAUCAAACAUGUGCUCACAUCUGCUUAUCACCAGCAAUCCAAUUGCCAGGAGUUACACCAAUAGAAUGUUCAAUCGAGAUAUUAGAAUUAAAUGGGACUUAUUAAAACCGUUGGAGGAGAAGGAGAACAAAAUAAACGUUACUUUACCACAAAAUAGAACCUUUAACGUAGGAGAUUUUGUUUGGUACAAAGUACAAGGUGAUGACAAAUGGUGUAAAGGCAUGAUCACAUACAAAGAAAGUGACACGAUGUUCCAAAUUAAGACAGAUAAAGGUAUUUUGAGGAUACAUUUAGAUCAAUUAAGAAUUAGAAACUGUUUUAACACACUUAUUAAUUAUGACUCUAAGGAUUCUUUUAAGGAGGGAAGUGUGGACAAAAAUAUAAAAAUUACUGAUAAAAAUGAUAUAACACCGAUUUCUAGACCAAUGCGAAUUAAACAAAAACCUGCUAUUUAA